GAACAACUAACUUACUAUUAGUACAGUAGUAGAAAAAAUUGGCAGAAGUUCGUUGAUCAAAUCAUCAAACAGUUCACAAGUCACACUCUCUUCGUUACCUCCGCCCCUCCUUCCAUCCCAACGGACCUCUCGAAGCUCUCUCUCCUCACUUCAAAAUCCCCUCUUCUCUAUCCUCCUCAAACAAUCUCAUUCCAAAACCCUGACCUCUCUCUCACUAAAAAUGCAAUCCUCAAUCUCUCUUUCUCUCUCCUCGGCUUCCCCCACCGCCAGAUCCCACCCCCGUUCCUUCGUCGCCAGCAACGGCUCGCUCGUACCUCGGUCUCUCCGCUUCUGCGGCCUCAGACGGGAAGUUUAUAAUCUCCAGUCUUCCAAUUCAUCUCGGCUUGCUGCGGCAUGGCCGUCGAACAGGGUGACGGCCUCAUUGUCGAGCAAUGGCGCUCCGUCGACGGAAUUCGACUACGAUUUGGUAAUUAUCGGGGCCGGCGUCGGCGGCCACGGCGCUGCACUGCACGCGGUUGAGAAGGGCCUAAAAACUGCCAUCAUUGAGGGGGAUGUGAUUGGAGGAACAUGUGUAAAUCGUGGUUGUGUUCCUUCCAAGGCCCUCCUUGCUGUAAGUGGCCGCAUGCGGGAGCUUCAGAAUGAACACCACAUGAAGGCGUUUGGUUUACAGGUUGCAGCUGCUGGCUAUGACAGACAGGCAGUUGCUGAUCAUGCUAGUAAUCUUGCCUUGAAGAUCCGAAGUAACUUGACCAAUUCUCUAAAAGCUCUUGGUGUUGACAUAUUGACUGGUGUUGGUACAAUUUUGGGUCCACAAAAAGUGAAAUAUGGGACGGACAAUGUUAUAACAGCAAAAGACGUGAUCAUUGCUACUGGUUCUGUACCCUUCGUCCCUAAGGGAAUUGAAGUUGAUGGUAAGACUGUAAUAACUAGUGAUCAUGCACUCAAACUGGAAUUUGUUCCUGACUGGAUAGCCAUAGUAGGAAGUGGUUAUAUUGGUCUUGAAUUCAGCGAUGUGUAUACAGCACUUGGAAGCGAGGUCACCUUUGUUGAAGCUCUAGAUCAGCUUAUGCCCGGCUUUGAUCCUGAGAUAGGGAAAUUGGCUCAGCGGGUUCUCAUAAAUCCUCGAAAAAUUGAUUAUCACACUGGUGUAUUUGCAAGCAAGAUUACACCAGCAAAAGAUGGAAAGCCUGUAACGAUUGAGCUUAUUGAUGCCAAGACAAAGGAACUAAAGGAUACUCUGGAGGUAGAUGCUGCUCUCAUUGCGACUGGAAGGGCUCCGCAUACCAAAGGACUUGGUUUAGAAAAUAUUAAUGUAGAAACUCAACGCGGAUUUGUUCCUGUUGAUGAUCGCAUGCGCGUAAUUGAUGCAACUGGAAAGCUGGUUCCUCACUUAUAUUGCAUCGGUGAUGCUAAUGGGAAAAUGAUGCUUGCUCAUGCUGCAAGUGCACAAGGGAUCUCUGUUGUUGAACAAGUUUCUGGAAAGGAUCAUGUGCUGAAUCAUCUUAGCAUCCCAGCAGCUUGCUUCACUCAUCCUGAAAUUAGUUUUGUUGGACUAACAGAGCCUCAAGCCAAAGAAAAAGCUGAAAAAGAAGGAUUCGAAAUCAGUGUUGCCAAGACUAGUUUCAAGGCUAACACGAAAGCCCUUGCGGAAAAUGAAGGGGAAGGACUUGCUAAGUUGAUUUACAGACCUGACACUGGAGAGAUUCUUGGAGUUCAUAUUUUUGGAUUGCAUGCUGCAGACCUCAUACAUGAAGCAUCCAAUGCAAUUGCUAUGGGAAGCAGGAUACAGGACAUAAAGUAUGCUGUACAUGCACACCCGACAUUAUCUGAAGUUCUUGAUGAACUCUUCAAAUCAGCCAAGGUUAAACCUAACAUUUCUAGUCCAGUUGGUGAAGCAGUUGCAGUCUAAGCUUCUCGGCAAGGUAUAAUAUAUACGGAUACGUGAUUUUGCAGGGAGUUCCAUAUAAGCCGCAAAUUGCUUCCAAAGAUGAGAAGAAAAUUUGCACACAAACUGAAGUGUCUUAUGGGAAAGUAGCUUCUGCUCUCCUUUGUUUGUUGACUGUAACGUUAGAUUUUGUGUCAUUCACCAUAAGGACCUUCUGAUUUUUGGGUACUUCUUUGACUAUGGGUAAUUGGUUUUCAUAGCAUUUGAGCUGUUAAAUUUGUAAUUCGAAUGUUUUUUUUCUUUCUGGGGAACAGAGAACUUCAUUGAUUGCGAAGCAAAUACAAAGAGUCAUGUAUUA